AGUGAGAGGUGGGGCACUUAUUCAAAUUUGUCGUACGGGAUGACGGCUCCGCAACCCUCUGGCUUAUGCCUAUCUGACACGCCUUCAGAGUGGAUAAAUAAGCUUAUAUAUCGUGAUGGUCUUUAUAGAGAAUUAACAUCCACCUUAGAUAUAGAGAGAUGUGGCAAAGUUUGCUUUAGUGGUAAUCGUGAACUUGACUAUCCACCACUAAAUGAUAACCUUAGUUAUGAAAUGGAGGUUAUUAAGUCAUUCCCACUACCACCUGACCUGGUGGAGAAAUUUGCUGGUACACUUUUCACCAAUUAAUUAAAAUACCUUUCUUGGUAGGUAUGCAAACAAACUGUCUGAUGGGAGUUUUCCCUUCGUGUGAAAAAGUGUGGGUAACAAUAGACAACGAGCUAUUUUUGUGGAACUUUGAGGACGGGGAAGAUUUGGCUUAUUACGAUGGAGUGGAUGAUGUCAUCGUGUCUGUAUCGCUUAUCGUGCCGUCUCCUGGUGUACUGCCGGAACAUAUUAGGUUCUUGUUAUGCAUAGCCACUCCGUCUGAAAUUUGGCUCCUUGGCAUGAUGUAUUCAACAGGAGGCAAUAAUCAUACACUCAGUGUACAGUCUUCAUCUGUUCUCGAAGUGAUGCCAGAUCCUCUAUAUUGUUUAUCCACUGAAAACAACUAUAUUUCUUGCAUUGAAGGCACACCAAAUGGCAGGAUAUUCUUGGGCACUCGUGAAGGGUUUUUGCUUGAGAUGACCUAUAGUUCAAUACCGAAUUGGGAUAUGGAUUCUAUCCAACCACCUAUCGGUAAAACUGGACCUUGUACGCUUGUUAAUCACUCUGUGUCUGCUCUCAGCUUGUUGUUACCAUCAAUCAUAACAUCUAGAUUUCAUAAUGGAGAUUCAAUUGUACAGUUGUCUGUGGACACUGCACGGCAUCUACUUUAUACUCGUACGGAAGAUUCUCAUCUAGGAGUAUAUGAGUUUUCUGAUAAAAUAUCUGGUUCUUUGUCACGUUUGUCUACAUUGUCAGCGUCAGACUUGGCCUAUCAGGCUUCUUGUAUUGUUCGUUCUGUGGACAAGAAUCAAUUCCGGAAUAUUGUUUCUGUAACACCGUUAUCAGCUGGUUUAUGCUAUCUAAUGGCUGUUACAAGAACAGGUAUACGUUUAUACUUUGGUGAGAAUCUUCGCUUGCUGCAUAUACGACUUCCACCAUCUUCACCAUAUGAUACUGUUGGUUUAGGUGAUGUAAAGUUAGCAGUUGAAACUCGUGGUACUGUGGUUAUGAUAUCAACUUUACCAUCAAAUUUGUCCACAAUACCAAGCGGUAGAUAUACAUCACAAUAUACUUCAGUUAAUCAAUCAAGUUUAAAUAUGAGUUUAGGACAAUUUUUUACUACAGAUAUGGACAGUAGCUUUCGGGCAAGAUUGAAUCAAUCUAAUGAUAAUGAUGGUGAUUUCGACAAUAACUUGAAUGCAUUCACAAAACAGGUACCACCGCAUGUGAUAUAUACAAUUAGUCCAGAUCUAUAUCCAUGGACACCUAAUUUAACCGAGAGUUUUACAUCUACAUGGUGUGUUGGUGGUGCAUGGGCUUUAACAGUCCUACCUGAUAAUUAUUUACAUAUGGAUUCUAUGGGUAGUGAUCUGUCUGCUUAUUAUUCAACAGUUGAGAAAAGUCGUCCAGAUCCUCUUCAACCAGGACAACAUCAUUCCUUACGCGGAGAGCCUCCAGUUGUACUAACUGAAAUACUGGAUCCACCGAGUCGUCGUUUAUUAUUAAUUUCUGCUCAAGGUGUUGUACACUUUCGUCUACCUAGUCCUUUAACUCGGUUGAGAGAGUAUUUAUCUCGUAGUUACUCAGGUGCUUCACUGUUACCAGGCUAUACAGAUCCUCAAAUAUCUGAUAUCCUGAAUUUUCCAAAUUAUACAGAUGGUGGUCUAAAAUUAGGCUUUGAAGGUGGUUACCUAUCUGCUUUUCUACACCAAUUAAGUUCUGAUGAAGCUAUUUGUGCUGCAUUGGCAAUUGGUGGAGCUGCUGCAGUUUCUGGUGGACCAGGGAAAAGUCUUCAAAUUGCAGCUGAACAAGCUGCAUUAUACUUUGCCGCUGAAGCUAGCCAGUAUUGGACGCCUUCUGUUAUUCGCUCACGUACUAAUCUACCUUACUUUCAAUCUCAUCAACAAUUAUCCAUACAUGGUGGUGAAGAUAAAUCACUUAAUAGUGCACUUCACCUUUUAACUGGUAUCUGCGUUUUCUUAGCACGAAUUACACGUUGCUUCUGGAGAGGUUCAAUGUUUUAUGAUGCAACUAGUAUUUGUUCCAAAUGUGAUGUAAGAUCUUCAUCAAAUAUUAAUAAUAACAACAAUGGUGGAUUAAGAUCAUGGGUUCGAAAUUUAAUUCAAACAUUAUCAACUGCUUCAACAUUUGGUGGUAAUGGGAAGUCGACUACAUCAACUGAACAGAUUGUUAUUUCUCGUUUGGAAACGUCUGAAAUCAGUUGGCUUUUAAGUCAGAUCACUUAUGUGCAACAGUUUAUUCAACGUCAACUUAAUGUUCGAGGAGGAUGGUUUCGAUUAUCACCACAUCUACUUGGCAGUGGAAAUAUUCACCUGGAGUCAUCUGCAAAGGUUUCAGCACUAAACAUACAACAAGCAGCUGAUGUUUCUGAUGAACACCUAGAAGGAGUUGCACUUCAACGCUUAGUUGAAGAACUCGAUCGUUUGUUAUCAAUGAUUAGAGAGAUAUUAGGAUUUUGGGAGAUAUUAAGUGAGCAUGUAGUUCACAAAAUUAUGAGACGGUUGAAUAGUGAACAUCGAGAUUUGGCGCUUAAACUAACCGUAGAAACAUAUGCAUCAAGUUUGUUGAACAUUCCUUUCACUGGGUCACUAAUGAGCGGCGUUCAAGGAUCACCAAUGACAGAUAGUCGGUUGAAUAAAAGUCCAGUAUCAUCUACCAUUACUGGUGGCGGUUGUGGCAGUGUUAGUAGUAGUCAACUAUCCAAUUAUACUGGUACAGAAGUGAUUGGCGCUUUAAUUACUGCGCUUAUUGAAUAUUAUCUUGUGGAAACAAGUGAAGAAGUGGAAGACGGUAGCAACAAUAUCAAUGUGGAAACUAUAACUUCUCGUCUUCAAUCCACUUGUCCGAGUUUGUUUGCAAAUGAAGACGCUAUGUGUGCUAAAGCUAGUGAAUGCCUUAUCCAAGCCUCUAUAAUUCGAACGAAUAUUUUAUCUUCAUUAAGCAAUCCAGAGUGCUUUAAUGAUAUCCAGUAUGAUAAUCAUCUUGUCGACAGAGCUAAUAUUGAGCAAUUAAUUUCUGAAGCUAUCUUAUUAUAUAUUGAAGCUGGACCCAGUAUCAAUUUAGACAAUGCAGUUCAUCGUUUAGAAAAUUGUGGUGCAUGGCGUGGAGCAGUUAAACUUUGCUUAUCCGUUGCACGUUCACGUGACCCAUCAAAUAUAGCUGUGGAUUGUUUAAAACGAGGUCGCCGCCCGUCAUCAGAUCCUUUAAUCAAUGUUGAUCCUAAAUACACUAACCGAUCUAAAAGUAAUCGUCUUUAUGCUUUAUCUGAACUGGCAGCUACAGAAGGCAGAUAUGAUGCUUAUCGCCGUUUAACUAUCUGCUUAGAUCAUCUACUACAUGCAGCUCAGAUUAAAUCAGAUGCAACCUUUAUUAUAGAAUCAAAUAUUGUUAAUACUGAUUCACAGUUGAAUAUUACCAAUGUAGUCGGUAUCGAUCGUGAUGAUAUUGAAAAUAAUCUAAAUUAUGAAGAUGGUGAAUCAUUAUCUUCAAUGUUUAUUCUAGAUGAACUUGAAUCAUCACCUCAAUCUGCUCGAUUAUUAUUACAAAGGGUUUUAACGGAUAUCAGUGGAUCAGAUGAUAUACUGGCGCAUUUUGAAAUCUUCAAUUGGCUGUUAUCUCAUGGUCUUACUGAUACAGUCAUGUCGUUAAAUUCACCAAAUCUUGAAGCAUAUCUACGUUCUCGUCUACGUCAGACACCAGAUGAUGCAGGUCUACGAUGUCUUCUAUGGCGUCAAUUGGAGCGACGUGGUGCACGUUUAGAAGCAGCUCAAGUUUUGGAACAUUUAGCUGUCACACCAUGUCGUCAGUUAACUUUAGAGGAUAGAUUGGAUUUUGCUGCAAGAGCUAUUGUCGCCGUUAAAGCUCUCCCAACUUCUCAACAGGAUCUGGAUUAUUUGAAAGAUCUUGAAGCACGUCUAGAUUUGGCACAACUACAGCAAUUAUUAUUAAAUGAACUGAAACAGUAUAAGAAACAGUUAGGUUAUCAACAACAUCAGCAAAGGAAACAAAUUAUCGGUUCACCAGGAUCAUCAUCUCCAUCACAACGAGGUCAUAUGUCUGCAGUAACAAUAUUAGAAGAUGAGAUUGAUGAAGCUCUACUCCAGUUAACACAUGGACCAUUAUUAAGCGUAACUGAAAUGUUUACUGAUUAUGCAGAUCGAUUUGGACUACAUGAAUCAAAAUUGUGCUUAUUAUGGGCUAGUGGUUCACAGGAUUCUGCUUUGAUUAAAGCUAUAUGGCGUGAUCUCUUGCGUAGAAUUCUUACCCAAUCAUCAGGAGUUCUCUACAGUCCAUUGAAACGUUCUUCAUCAUUUAGUCCAUACAGUUAUAAACAAGGUGAUAGUAAAAGUAUCCGCUCUACACAACAGUUAAUCGAGUUAACUCUACAAGAUUGUUUAUCACGUUUUGGAAAACGGUUUCUUAAUGAUCUUAAUUCAAAUUAUAUUCGUUGUUCUGUCUAUUUUCCUUUAACUGAUAUAGUGUCAACUCUUGAAUAUUAUGCUAUUCAACAUUCAUUGGACACCACUUGGGUUCCAACUAUUCUACGUGAUUCACACCUAUUAUGUAUUGCUAAUAUCUCCGAAGCCUAUAAUGAAUUGAUACAUUCCAAAGAUACUAUAUGGCGUCGUGAUGAAGUACAAGAUCGUUUAUUUCGUGCUUUGAUCACGGUUAUCGAAGAUUUUCUAACAACUAUAGCUAUCCGACUGCCAAUACGUCAACGUAUGCUACAGACUGAUCGUAUUUUAAAUCAAAUCACUGGACUUUUGGUUGAUUUGAAUUCAGAGACAGCAACAAUUAUUGAAGACAGUAUUCAUAAUAAUAGUAGCAGCAACAAAACACCGAAACAAAUGUGGAUUGAAUCACUUCGAAGUUUACACGAUAAACUGCAACGAUUGAGUAGAUAAUAACUGAAUAUUUCACAUUUAGAAAUAAUAUUCAUUAUGUAUAUCACUACGUUGUGUGUAUGUCUUCAAGCGAAUUGACUUGAUGCUACAUUUUUAUUGAUGAAAAAAUACCGCGCUACACAAUCAUCGUCAUCAUCCUUGUACAGUUUUUCAUUGCUACUUCUAUGAAUUAGAAUUAUACACUUUCAAUCUGCGAUUUCCCA